AUGAGACAAUAUAAGACCAUCCGAGCGUCUUAUGAAGCGUACAAUAUUCCAAUAGUCCCUAAAGAAUAUUGUAUAGUGUUCGAUGCUAUACCAUCUGGUUUAAAAUGUCUGUUUAAAGGAUAUGUGUAUAAUGAGAAUACUUGCCUUGAAUCGAAAGCCCUUCCGAUAGUUCAUCGUGUUAAGUACAUUGGUCUUCCAGAAGAUCACAGAUUCCCUGUGGGAAAGUUCCCCGGAGUCCUGUGUCUGCUUGGGGAUCAAGUCAUAACAGAUAAACAGGUUGGGCUUCAGAGAAUCUGGCACUGUAUUAAAGAAGACAUUUUGCAACAAGACUUUUUAAAGAUAUGUGGUCCAGGUGAGAGAGCCCUGCAGAGACGACUAGCGUGUAGUACAGCCUGAGGAAACCAUCACACUUUUCCCGGCUAUGGCUCAGGCUUCUGUCUGCUCAAUGACCUGGCUGUGGCUGCCAAACACCUGAUUGCUGAGAUGCUGAAUAAUAGAGAAUGUUUAUCUGCCUCUUUCCACUAGGGUGACAGCACAGCAUUGAUUUUUAAGGAGCAGCCAGAUGUUUUCACCUUCUCAUUGCAUUGUGGGAAAAACUUUCCAUUGGAAAAGCAGCAGAGUGACCUGGAUAUCAAUGUGCAAGUUGGGAUCGAAGACAAAGAGUAUCUUUCCAAAGUACAGGAACACCUCCCUUGGUUACUGGACAUGUUUCAUCCAGCUGGAGUGGCUCCACACUGGGAGAAUGAACUUGGAAGACUUGGCCUCACAGAUGAAGGGCUUUACCAGAGGGAUCUUUAUGUACUUCAGACAGUCAUUAAACAGGGCAUUCCUGUAGCCACAGUUAUCGGUGGAGGCUAUUCCAGGAAUAUUGAUCGCUUGGCACGGAGGCAUUCAAUAAUUCACAGGGCCGCAACCAAGGUUUGGAGAGAAGAUGGAUUUUAACCCCAUGAUGGAAAUGUACAGAAAAAAGGUGAAGAUCUCAGAGCGCUGAGGGAUUGUUUAUUAACUUACUGCAAAUACAAUAAUUGUUCCAAGGCAGUAGAUUUUUUGAAUAAAAUUUUAUAUUAAAACAAGCUUUUUUAUAAAUUUAAAUUUGAUAUGAUCAACCCCAGGUUUUACAGACGAGGCUUAAAGCUAGACAUGUUUGAGCUUUUUUACUGAAAAUAACUUAAAAUACGCCAGUGGCGCACUGAUUUGUCUCAUACCAAGCCCUUAAGGUGACAUUGGGGUAAUGUUAAAGAGAAUGUUAAAGUUUAGUUUCACGUGCUCACGCGAUAGUUUCACGUGCGCACGCGAAACUAAACUUUAUUUAAUUUUUGCUCUGUGUCCCCUUAGGGGCUCCGUAGUCUCAAGAUACACACCAGUAAAAACUUUUCCUAAAGCAUGUUUAAAAAAGAUGCUUAAACAUCUUAGGGGUGGUUUCCCGGACUGGGAUUAGCUUAAACCAGGACUAGGCCAUAGUUUAAAGGG